AUGAUGGAAGUACUGGUCACCGUUAUGCCCAUGCGCAUUGCAACGAGUCCUCUGGGGACAACCCCAAUGGAACGAAUGAAUGCUUUUGGGGAAAUUGUCAGAUCAAGAGUUCCUUACCCAGUCGACUACAUGCAGUGGGCUGCUUCAAACAAGAUGGUCAUAAGCGUCAAGGAGGUUCCUGGCUCAAUCAAGCUUGCUUUCCUCGAGUCCGACGCCGGAGACAAUUCUACGUUUGCUACGGUAGAACAGGACGCCGAUUCACCUUGGACCGCAGCGCCGGAGCACAUGGAUGAAAGUCAGAUACAACAGGACACUUGGGGCACUUCAGCAGAUAAUACAACUGGGGACUGGGAUGCGAAGGACGAAAGUACUAAGGGAGAGAACACGAGCGGGGAGUGGUAG